AUGAAAAACGCUCGAUUGUGGACUUUUAGAGUGCAAGCAGAAACUCAGCCUGGAGAAGUUGUCGGGGUCACAGGUAAUAUCCCCGAACUUGGAGAAUGGAAAGUUUCUGAAAAUUCAAAAGUUGUUUUACUCACCAAGGAUUCAACUACAUCUAAUUGUGACGAUAUAUGGACCGUCACGAAGCUGUUACCUUCCAACGAAGAUAUAUACUACAGGUUUUUUAUUUGUAUCGUCGUGGAUAACGAAAAGUACAUCGUUAAAAGAAGAGAAGUGUCUUUAAGACCGAGAAUCAUUGAAAAAAAUGCUCCAAGUAAUACGAUCGACGUUGGGAAAAUUGAGUCGUUUGCUAAAUUCGGUUACUUCGAUCAGUGCUACUGGGUUGACAAAGGAUGGCUCACGUCGCAAACAUUAAUUCAAAUCAAAUUUCAUUCCCAUCCGUUGUUUUUUUGGAAAGAAAAAUUAAAAACUCGCCUAACAUUUAUAAAACUCACUCCGGUUGAUUUGACAAAAAAAAAUAAUGCGGAUUCCAUAUUGGCCUACGAAUCCGUCGACAACAAUAGCCUUAGUUUGGAUACUUUGGACAUUGGAAGCGGAUCUUCCGAUGCUUGGCCCAUAACGGAAAUUUGCGUGCUCAAUGAUUCGGAAGGUGAAUUAAGCCCUCAGCGACAAUUCGGUCGAGAAAUAAAAUCUGAUGAUUUUAUCGUCUUCCAAAUUCAGGUUCAUAACAUUGAAAAUUUUGCCUACCUUAUUGAUUACUACGUGCCCAGAUCUAGAGCGAGUGAAUCCGAACCACCCUGCCACAUAGGUUUUUCGUAUAUAUUGCCAAGCGCUAUGACAUCAAGCGAAGGAAGAAUAAUUGUUCCGGUGACAUCUACGAAACAUCAACCGAUCGGUCAAAUUUCAGCCGAUUACUUAGUCAUCAAACCGAUUGAAAAUUAUACUUGCGACAUGAGUACAUCUUAUGCAAAAUAUUGGAAGCACAGUUUGCAGGGUCUCGAUGUUGGUCACCGUGGUUUAGGAACGUCAUUCAAACAAAAGAGUUGUGCUGCUGGAGUUCGUGAAAAUACAAUAGCCUCACUUAAAGAAGCUGCUUCUCACGGAGCGGAUUACGUCGAAUUUGAUGUACAAUUGUCAAAAGAUAUGGUACCCGUCAUUUAUCACGAUUUUCACGUUUGUAUCUCGUUGAAAAGAAAAAAGGUCAACAUCGACGACAUGUUGGAAAUACCUUUAAAAGAAUUAACUUUGGAACAACUUCAAUGCCUCAAGGUUUAUCACAUUCAAGAGGGAAUAAUUAAUAAACAAUUAUUUUUCGAUGAACAUCUUGAAGAUCAUCAACCCUUUCCUACUCUUAAACACGCCUUAAAUGUUUUAGAUCCGAUCGUUGGAUUUAAUAUAGAAAUUAAAUGGACAAUGUUGUUAAAGGAUGGAACAUUCGAAUUAAAUAAUCCGUUCGAUUUGAACACGUACGUGGAUUCCAUAUUGAAAGUCGUUUUGGAAAACGGUGGAAAUCGUAAAAUAAUUUUUUCUUGUUUUCACCCGGACAUAUGCACGAUGGUUAGACAUAAGCAAACAAAAUAUCCCGUCAUGUUUUUAACACAAGGAGUCACAUCGAAAUAUCCAAUGUACCACGAUCCGAGAUGUCACACAAUCGAGGCAGCCGUUUAUUUUGCUCAAUCAUUAGGAAUAUUGGGAAUAAAUGUUCACACGGAAGACAUAUUGAGAAAUCCGAAACAAUUAUCGUUUGCCAAAGAUCGCGGCCUUAUUGUUUUCUGUUGGGGAGACGAUAAUAACGAUGCGGAAACAAUAAAAUAUUUAAAAGAAUUGGGAUUGCACGCCAAAUUGAAAGAAACAAAUCUUUUCGUUUCCGAAGCUAAAGAACAUCAAAAACAACUUUUGGAAGUUGCCGAUCACAUACAUUCGCCAUCAUCAAACGGUGAUCCUUCUUCUCCUUCUUCUGUAAGUCAUUAG